UCGGCUGUUCAGCUGAACGUGUAGAGUAGAAGCCAAUUCAUCUACUUAUAUUUACAUACACGCCACAGCUUCGAUUAGAGGCGUUCGUUUUUAUAGUUCAGUACAUCAGAUCGCAAAGCUAGACGAGAUAUGUAUUUCAUGUAAUAGUAUAGUCAAAACUAAAGCUUGCUAAACGUCGAAAUAAGUCACUGGAUGGACUGUUAUAAUAAUAUAUUGUUAUAUUAGUGCUAUAUAACCCAUUGGAAUACACUGCAGUAAGGUAACUGGUAAUAUACACUAUAUCGACAGAAAGUACAGUAUACACAACACAGUGUUAACUUGAAUGAGGUAAAGAAGGGAGAAAAUGACUUCUGUUUAAAGUAGAAACUAUAGUGUGUUGUUAUAUACUUGUACACAAGAUGUUAUUUGGAUGGAAUAAGGCAAUUGGUAUUUGAAGUAUGGCUGGAGCUAAACCAGGAGUUCAUGUAGUACAGCUAAAACCUGUAGUGGUACCUGAUUCCUUACAACAUGGAAAUAAAUUUGUUAAAUGGGAUGACGGUUGCACUAUGGGAAUUCCUGUGUCCUUGCGGGUGGAUGCCAAAGGCCACAUCCUAUUCUGGAAAGAUCAGAAUAAGGAAAUGGACUCUUUGGACAUUUCCCUAAUUCGAGAUGCAAGAACCGGAAAGUACGCUAAAAUUCCCAAGGAUUUAAAGUUGAGAGAAUCGUUAAUGAUUGGAUCAGCAGAUAUACCACUAGAAGAUAAAACAUUAUCUGUAGGUUAUGGUACUGAUAUGGUCAACAUUGAUUGGAUCAACUUUGUUUGUAGUCAGAAAGAAACAGCACAGGAAUGGGCAAAAGAAUUACUGGAUUAUUCCACAAAUUUACUAGUUUUAAACAGCAGUUCUUUAACUUACUUAGAGAAGGUAUACAGCAAAUUUACACAAGUUCUUGGACCAGAUGGAAAGAUGCCAGUUAAAAACAUUGUAAAGAUGGUUGCUCAGAAUCGAGAUGACAGACGAAGAGUUGAAAAUGCUUUAGGAGCAGCAGGAUUUGCUUCAGGAAAGAAUGAUUCACUAGAUCCAAAAGAUUUUACCUUUGAACAUUUUUUCAAUUUUUAUCGUCACCUUGUUGGUAGAACUGAAGUAGAUAAAGUCUUUGAUGAAAUUGGAGCAAAAAAGAAACCAUAUUUAACAGUUGACCAAUUCCAGACGUUUUUGAAUAAUCAGCAGCGCGAUCCUAGAUUAAAUGAAAUACUGUAUCCAUUUUACACAAAAGCACAGGCACAAGAACUUAUCGAACAAUUUGAAAACAAGGCAGGAAUGGCUGAAAAAGGUCAUAUGUCUCAAGAAGGUUUUUUAAAGUUUUUAAUGAGUGAAGAAAAUAACCUGAUUCCACCAGAAAAACUUGAUUUAAGUGAAGACAUGAACCAACCACUGGCACAUUACUUCAUUAAUUCCUCUCAUAAUACAUACCUCACUGGUCAUCAGUUAACUGGUAAAUCAUCAGUAGAAAUAUAUCGUCAAGCUUUACUCAGUGGUUGUCGUUGUGUUGAAUUAGAUUGUUGGGAUGGUCGAGGAGCAGAUGAAGAACCAAUGAUAACUCACGGUUUUACCAUGUGUACUGAUGUUCCAUUCAAGGAUGUAGUUGAGGCAAUCGCAGAGAGUGCCUUCAAAACAUCGGAGUAUCCUGUAAUUUUGUCAUUUGAGAACCAUUGUUCACCAAAGCAGCAAACUAAAAUGGCCCACUAUUGCAGGACUAUAUUUGGAGACAUGCUGUUGACGACUACUUUUGAGGAGUAUCCCUUAGAGCCAGAAGCACCAUUACCAUUAUUGUCUUUAAUGAAGAGAAAAAUACUCAUCAAAAAUAGAAAGAAACAUUUUCAUAGAGGACAAGGAAGGUUUGGAUCUAAUACCAAAGCAUCAAUAAAAUCAGAGAAGUCCAAAGUGAGCAUGAGUGAAUCUGAUGAAAGAGAAUCUACACCAACCAGAAAACCUCAUAUACCUGAAGAAUCUGUCAAUCAAAAUGGUAUCACAGAAAGACCUGCGUCACAAAUUAGCGAUAAUGAUACGGUCGAAAAAGCAAAAAUUGAAGCAAAAAUUGAUAAAGGUAAUCGUCUGGAAAAGAUGUAUAGUGGGUCAGGAGGAGGAACAGAUGCCAUUGAAAUGUUUGAUGAUAGUGGAUCUGAUUCUGAUAGUGAUGAUGAUGAAGAUGUGGAGGAUCCAGUUACCGGUGAUAUUAUGACAGAAGAAGAAAAGAGCAGACGGCAAAGAGAAAAAAGAGAAAAGGGUACUGCUGGUUCUGAAGCAGAGGCCGCCAUGGAAAUGUCUCUUUUAGUAAAUUAUGUACAACCGGUUCAUUUCCAUUCAUUUGAAGCCUCAGAGAAAAAAGGGAGGAGUUAUGAAAUCUCAUCUUUUGUUGAAACUCAAGCCACAAAUUUAUUGAAAGAAUAUCCUGUUGAUUUUGUUAAUUAUAAUAAACGGCAGUUAAGUCGUAUUUAUCCGAAGGGAACACGAGUAGAUUCAAGUAAUUUUUUGCCACAGGUGUUUUGGAAUGCAGGGUGUCAAUUAGUUGCUUUAAACUAUCAAACUUUAGAUCUGGCUAUGCAGCUUAAUUUGGGUAUAUUUGAAUAUAAUGGUCGCUGUGGUUACAUACUUAAACCGGAUUUUAUGAGAAGAAAAGAUAGACAUUUUGACCCUUUUGCAGAGUCUACUGUUGAUGGUAUUGUAGCAGGAACUGUAAAAGUUAGGGUGAUCUCAGGACAGUUCUUGACAGAUAAAAAAGUUGGAUCUUAUGUUGAAGUUGAUAUGUAUGGUUUACCCACUGAUACUGUUAGGAAAAAGUUUCGAACCAAGGUAGUGCCAGCUAACGGUAUUAAUCCAGUAUAUGAUGAAGAUCCCUUUGUGUUCAAAAAAGUUGUAUUACCAAACUUAGCAACAUUACGAAUAGUUGUAUAUGAAGAAACUGGCAAACUGAUUGGUCAUAGAGUAUUGCCUGUGGAAGGAUUACGGCCUGGUUAUCGUCACAUACCAUUAAGAAAUGAAAGUAAUCAACCAUUAUUACUACAGACAUUAUUUGUACAUCUAAGUAUAAUGGAUUAUGUUCCAGAUUCUAUGGCAGAAUUUGCCGAAGCCUUGAUCAAUCCUAUUGCUUAUCAGUCAAAGAUGGAGAAACAUGCCCAACAAUUGGCAACUUUAACAGAAGAUUUUGAAGUCGAUGAUGAAAUUUUAGCUACUGAAGAACUUGAUGGACACAAAGAUAGUGGUAUAGAUGAAAAGGGCAAUGAAAGACAAAAUUCUGUUAGAGUUCAAAAUGGUCCAUCAGCAGCAAGUCCGGCACCAGGUGAUGGACCAAAACCAAUUCGAAUGCAAUCGUCCACACAUCUCCCUCUCAACAAACAAGAUAGUACUCAAUCGGGUCUCAGUCAAUCAAGUACCGGAUCAGGUCCAGGUAGCGCCAAUAUUAGUAGAAUGCCAUCCAACUUGCCUGGUGUAGAGAAUGGUGUAUCUAAUGUGUCUGUUACACAAACAACAAAACUUAAUGAUCCAGAUAUUUUAACACCUACACCAUUAUGCAUUUUAAAAAACCAUAAAACAUUUUUAAAAAUGGUAGCCAAGCGAGAUAAAGAACUAGAAUCAAUACGCAAAAAACAUGACAAGGCCUGUGACAACAUGACAGAGUUACAUGCUUUACAACUUGAUAAACUUAAUGCAGCUCAACUCAAAGCUAGAAGUGCUCUAGAAAAACUACACGCUAAAAAUUCAAAGAAAGCUGCAAAAGGUGGAGAAAAAGUAGAUGAAGUUCAGACCAGAUGUAAACAAGAACUAGAGACUUUGAUGCAAGAUCAGUCUACUAAGUAUAAAGAAUUAACAUUGACUCAAGCUCAAGUGUUUGUGGCAUUAUGUGAUGAUCAUUAUCAAGCAGAAAAGAAUGUUUAUGAAAAUUAUAAUACGCCUAUUUAUGACUGUUUACUAAGCUUGAUGGACAGCAAUCAUUUAGCACAUAAAAAGCGAAUAGAAGAAUUGUAUGAUAGAGAGGUGGCUGAGUUAACCAAAAGAAUGGAUGCACAAAGUCGUGAUCAUAUGAAACUAUUAGCGAAAAAACAUAAAGAUAAACAAGAAUUAUCCAGAAUUAAACGUGAAGCACAACAGAAGCAUGUUACAAUAGCUGUACAAGAAAGACAAAAGUUACAAGAAAUUUUAAGGAAAAGGUUGGAAGAAUUAGAAGUAAUUUUAGCUGAGAUAAGGGCAGAAGUUGGUACUGAAAAAGUUGAGAUUAUUAAAAAAUACCAUGAAGAGUGCGAAGAGAAAAGACAAAAAGUUCAUCAGAAAUUUCAAAGUCAGCUUGGCUAUGUACCAGUAAAAUCUUCACAAUCAUCUCCUAUUAAUUAUCCUGGUCCAGACUCAUCACCAAGUCACACCAAAGUUGAAACAGCAAGUACAACAGAGGAUAAAACUUUUAUUAAUGGAUCUCGAGAAAAACUCAACAGUAAAGAAGAGCUAACCUCAAUGUGAACAAUGAUAUUAUUAAUGGCUGUACAAUAUUACAUGGCAUAAUAUUUCUAUACAAUUCAUCAUUUCUGUUAAUUAAUUUAAAAUAAUUUUAACUUUGUUUAUUGUUUAUUUAUGAUCUGUGUGAUGUAAGAGUGAUUGAUAAUGUUUAUUUUUUCAUAUUUUGUCCGGGACAUACUUUUCCUUUCUUGAAAAGUAAAAAGAGGCUUCUUUUUAUUACUGUUUUUGUUCUUAGGUGUGUAAGUUAUGUGUUCUCAAAUAUUCAAGUCUUUCAUGGUAUUUUGAUGUUCUUUCUAUCUGGUCAAAAUACUAAAUUAUUAUAUAUACAUGUACGUUCUAUGUUUGUUGUUGCAUCAAUCGAGAUGUAUCUAUGUAUUUUAUUAUUAGUAUUUUAUUUAUAUAUUGUAUAUAGAUCUAUUUGUUUUAUUGUAUAAUAUAACCUAAGAUUUUAUAUAAUAUAAAGAAUUUCAUCCCCACUUCUCAAUGAACUUGAAAUAAGGAUAAAAAAAAUAGGCAGGCUUCCGUAAUAGAAUUUUAAAUUUAUGGCUUUACCAGUAUGUGGGAAUUAUCGAUACCUUUAUAACCUUCAUUGAUCAUUACUUUCAACAAAAUCAUUCUACAUUUCCCUAUUUUUACAUAUUCAAGACAGAGAAUUUUUCUAUGUAAAAGCGAAGAUCUCAACUCAAUUUUAGAGUAGCCUUAUUAAAGCUACUACUUCUCCUACUGUAUAUUAUUGAAACACCAUUGUUAUAACAUUUAAGAGAAAAACACAUCUUUUCUCUAGAAAUUAUGUUCUUUAAUCAUGAACCAAAAACAACAACAUAAUUUCACAGAUUGUUAAAUUUAGGUUAAAGUUACAAUUUCAUAUUUUUAAGUUAUAUUUUUAAAAUGUAUUAAAAUAAAGCCCUAAAAUAGAUGUUAUCUAUAAACAGUCCUACCUUGUUAAAGAAUAAUACUAUCAUUCACUAUUGCCAGUUGAGAAAUUGGAAAAAAUAUCAUUUUCAACAUCAAAUUCAAACGUUUGAAGAUAGCUAUUCCAUGGGGGAAAUAAAAAACAAGGGGG